AUGUGAGCCAACAGUCGUCUAUCCUAGCACCAUAUCGCAAUGCAUCCACGGUGGCCCAACAUCGAGUCAGUAUUGAAAUACCUGAAAACCACUUUCAGUGAUCUAUUUGAAAAGCUCAAAAAACAGUUUCCGCCACCUCAUGAAGCUCCCGGUCAUGAGAAGCGCAUGGCCACGAUGGACACAAUUCUUGAUUGUGUUGAGGAGUAUCUUCUGCAAAUUGUCGGCAAGCUUGGAGUGAGCAGCAAAGAACUCCAAGGUCUCACAGGUCCUUUCAAGUCGGGGGUUAAGCAUGUUGUUGUGACCAUCGGAGACCUUAUCGAGCAGCAUCCAUACCUCGCGUGUGCCCUCUUCACCAUUGUGAUCGGCAUGCUAUUCGGAAAAGAGAUUCUCUGCAUAUUCGGCUUCGGAUCUUUGGGACCAGUGAAAGGUGGAAUUGCUGCGUGGUUGCAAGGGUGCUUAUUUGGCCCUGCUGUGCCAGCGGGCAGCUGGUUCGCGAUCCUUCAGCACUUCGCCAUGAUAUGACUGUAGAGCUUUUGAGAGGUUCCGUGGAUGUUUGGUCGUCCGUGAUUUGUGAUCAAUAUGUGCUUUAUGCUCCUGUAUAUGCUUGCGAACAGCCUGUCUAUGCACUCAAUUCUUAUUUUAUUCUCCAAUUUGGUCAUCAUCGCGACCAACGUCAUCGACUUCGUCGUACGGGCAAACGGAGUCAUUAUGGAUGCAUCUGGGAUGUGCUGUGCGCGGCCAGAUUUUCGAACUGCAGCUGCAGCACACCAUGCCAAAGUGACAGCGAUGGCACGCCGGGCUGCAUGGUAUCAUUCGUGCGGGCGAGAUUUUUGAGGAGGCUUGCCAUUACCAUUAAGGGUGAUACAGUGACCAUAGAGAGACGUCGUGUUCGGGAAAGAUCC